ACUCUCUUGCAUCUGCCAUUCAUCAACACUCAAAACAAUUUCCAUAAUACAAUUCUCAAUAUCCAUUUUCUUAAUCCAAUAAAAGAUUAUCAUUACUGUCUCCCAUUAUCAUUCAAUUAAUUAAUUAAUACACUGAAAUUAAUAUUCUUUCUUUCUUUCAAUUUUACGUAUCAUUCAAUUUUACAGCUAGAUUGUUUUUUUCUUUAAAAAAACAAAAAAAAAAAAAAAAAUUGGAGUUGGGGGUUUCUUGUGGUAAGAGAGAAACCCUGAUUCUGUUGUUUAGGAAGAUUUGAUCUUAAUUUUUUGGAAUACCCUUUAAAGUUCAAAGUUCAAAAUUGAAACUUUGCACGAAGAUGGCGUCUGGGAAGAUUGGAAUAACCGGUUGGUUCCACACGAAGAUCACUGAUCCUCUUCUCUCCAUUCUCCGCAGAGGAGCUGAGCCCAACCAAUUGGCUUUCUCUGCUGCUCUUGGCAUUACAUUGGGAGUAUUUCCUAUAUGUGGUGUGACUAUAUUCCUAUGCGGGGUGGCUAUUGCAUUGCUUGGAUCAUUUUGCCAUGCUCCGACUGUGAUGCUUGCAAACUUUAUUGCUACUCCCAUAGAGUUGAGUCUGGUUGUGCCCUUUCUACGCUUUGGUGAAGUUAUCUCUGGUGGACCUCAUUUCCCUUUGACAACUGAUGCUUUAAAGAAAGUUAUUACUGGUCAAGCUUCACAUGAAGUCAUAUUAAGUGUUGCCCAUGCGUUACUAGGGUGGCUGGCUGCAUCUCCUUUUAUUUUGGGAACUCUAUACAUAGUAUUUUUACCAUGCUUCAAAAUUCUGGUUCAUAAAUUCUCAAGUGUUCCUUCAAGUCCAAAGAAGUCGCUCCAUCCACACGCAGAAGUAAGGCUCAAGGUAAGGGAUGUCUGACAAAGUACUAACAAGGUCAUAGUCACUAAAUCUGCUUAGUGAAAGUGAUCAGUCAUUCAUUUGUUCUUUCGUGACACAAAUUGUACAUAAUGAACAAAGACUUGCAAUUGUUUAUAAUGCUGAGAUUUAUGUACCCCAUGUUGUAAAUUAUGUGAUUAUCAAAAGGGCAAACCCCGAGGACAAGGGUGGUGUGAGGGGUGUAAGGGUUGAUUAUAGGUGGUC